AUAAUAUAUUUCUUCAUUUGCAAGGAGGAAGAGACACGUACAGGCAUGAAAGUUCCCAUGGGUCUCAUUUUAUUUCUCUUCUUUGCUGGAGUGAGCUCUGGCGUAAUCGGACAUGACACAGACCCUCAUAGUAGUGACCCUCAAUAUCCCUUCGAGAAUGAAAAGAACAAAGCUGGUGAACAUGGAACCUAUGAAGUCAAUAAACCUAAGAUCAUUGCUGUAAAGGACGGAGAAUACAAGUCUAUACCGUCUCAAUAUAUCCAUGGCACAGAAGAAAAAGGCAACUCGAAAAAUGGUCUCGGCGUGUCACUCUCCGACAUCGGCCCAUUCAACAACUCGGCUGCACUGUUCUUCAUUGACGCCACUUUGGGCCACAAGCAGGAUGCGAGCAACAACAUCAAAGGACUAAUUGGGAAGUUUUUGGACUCAGAAGAGAACUCGCAACAAGCCAAAACCAAACUCCGUUCCAACGUGAUAAAAUCCUUCAACGAGUAUCCCAAUUCCAGGAAAAAGCGGGCCGCGAAAGACGAUCCUGUGCUCCUAAUGGUCAAGCACUGAGCCCAA